AUGAGCGCCGCAAGCGAGAACCGCUGGCGCCGACCGCCACCGGCCAACCUCGCUGCGCCGCAGAACCCCCGGCAGCCAUCGUCUGGCAGUUCCCGCGAUCGAUCCAACACCCCGUCGCGGGACAAACAGACGGGGAACCUGCAAUCUCCGGGAACGAACGUCUGGACCCGCGGAGCGUCUCAGAAGUCGUCCGCGCCACAGUCCCCCGGAGCCGCGAGCCAAUCUUAUGCGAGCGGAAAGGCGGCGGUGUCUCCGGCGGACGAGAAGCAUGUCCCCGUGAACGGAUUCAAUUCCGCGGAAACCAAGGAAUUCCUGAAGCAAUGCUACACGCGGGCAGUGGGUGGGGCCGACGUGCGACAUUGGAAGCCAUCGGAUGGCAGUGCAAGCGCUGGAAAAGCAGCGGCUUGGGGUAGUAGGCCGAAUGCCAUGGCAUCCGGCCAGGACUUCUGGGUGCAACUCCGAAAGCAGAUUGGCAACCUCGAGUCCCAGGUACCCAAAACAUGA